AUGGCGCCAGAGAGAGAGGAAACUGAGGCACGGGAGGAGAGGGUCCAUAGAGCCAGAGAUGGGGGGGAGACUGAGGCACGGGAAGAGACGAGAAUCUGUGAUUUCCCUCAGAUACUUUGUCUCUGGGCUCCAGGCGAUUUCUCUGGCUGUCUCUCCUGCCUGCAAGGCUCUGUCUCCUCAUCCCUACUGCGUGGCUUCCCUGGCUUCUUUCAGGGCCCUGCUGAAAAUCCCACCUUCUACAAGAAGCCUUCCCUGGUAUCUUGUCCACGUCUACAGCUGAAAGACAAGGAGGACGUCUAUCUCAGCGUUUGUGUUUUUGGCCAGUACAAAAAGACACCAUGUGUCCCUCCUAUCUUUCCACUGGUCUUCAAUGCCAGAAUGGUGUUUGAAAAGGUGUUCCCUGAUGCCAUAGACCCGGGAGAUGUAGUAGCGCAACUCAAAUAUGACACAGCAGUGUUUGAGUUGAUACAGCUUGUUCUGCCAGUGGGUGAAACGCUCUCUAUAUAUGAGGAAAACACGAGAGACUUCAUCUUCCCCGGUCCAAAGCAAAUGAAUGGACACCAUGAUUCAAACCGCCAAGUGAUGAUGCAAAGAAUUUCUGGCAUCAGGGGACUUGCUCCAAAGCUGGAAUUUUCUACCACCUCUGUGAUCACAGAAUGCCUAAUCAGCACAAGGAGGUGUCGGGGCUUCCAGGCUCAGGAUAAACUGUCAUACCAUGCCACCCCCCUUGAAAGGACCCAUGGUCGGAUGCAAAUCAGAGGGCCAACAAGGUCAUCUAAGAAGAAAUCCAGGUCCCCCGAGAGACAGAAGUAUUGCACCAACCCACGGAACUAUGAGCAGCCCACCAUCUCGUCCAAGACCCACUCCCCAUCCCCGUACACCAAGAGGCGGAUGUGCGAGCUGUCGGAGGACACCAGGCAGCGGUUGGCUCAUCUCAACCUGGGACCCUAUGAGUUCAAAAAGGACACUGAUAAGCCUCCAUUUGUCCUCAGACGUGCUGACCCCUCAAGCCCCAAGCCUGAAGUUCUUCUUGGACCUAGUGGCAGAGAACCUUCAAGAGAAGGAUGGUGCAAGUUGCACAACGAUCAUGCUCAUCUUGGCAGCUACCGAUCCAAGGACUAUAAGAUUACUAGGCCGUCUCAUGGGAGAGAUCAGGAAGACUCUCUUGACAGAUGUGAAGAGUACCUUGCCCCAAGGCAGUCUAGGCCGUGCCACGUGGACAGGUCUCUCCUGGUCCACUCAGCACCGUCAUCGAUGCAGAAGCGCUCUCCCAGCCCUGUGCUCAAUCAGUCGACUCUCAGGGAAAGAUAUCAUUCAGAUUGGUGCUCACCUUCAAACUCAGAUGAAAUACACGAGCGGGUAAAAAAUGUAUUGAAAUCACACGGGGCUCAUCAAAGAUAUCUAUAUGAUGAGAGAGAUGAGGAGAAAGACGAGGAGCUGGACCCGAAAAGAAGUUUAGCACAUAAAGACUCUGCCUGUGAUAGCGACCCCGAAUACAGUUCCGCGUAUAGGCCACGUGCGUUGGUCCACUUGGAUAAUAGCGAGUACUGGUCCAACCGAGCAGCAGCGUAUAAAGGAAAGUCCCAUCGAGGCAACUUUGAGAACAGCAUGGACAAGAUCUAUAGGAACUUAUACAGGAAAGCCUGCGGUUCCAGCACCCAGGAAAGCUUCUAACGACACCCGCAACAGACUGCGUG